GAGCCACAAAGAAAUGGAGAAAAGAUUUAAAAUAUUCACGUACAAGGAAGGUGAACCACCACUCUUUCACCGCGGUCCUAUGAAUAACAUAUACUCCAUUGAAGGACAAAUGAUCGAAGAGCUAAAUUCAGCUGAUGAUAAAAGCCGUUUCAUAACUCACAAUCCUAAUGAAGCCCUAGCUUUUUUUGUUCCGGUGAGCAUCACAUCCAUCAUUCGAUACGUGUACAGGCCAUAUACGAGCUACUCUAGGGAACGAAUGCAAAAUGUCGUGGCAGACUACAUUCGAGUUAUAUCGGAGCGUUAUCCUUAUUGGAAUAGAAGCAAUGGUGCUGAUCAUUUCCUCAUUUCUUGUCAUGAUUGGGCACCAGAUGUUUCAGCAGCCCAUCCAAACCUCUUCAAGCACUUCACACGAGUCCUAUGCAACGCCAACGUCUCAGAAGGCUUCCGCCCUUCACGUGAUGUCACACUCCCUGAAAUCCUCAUUCCUUGGGGUACUCUUGGCCCUCCUAUGAUCAACCUAACGCCUCUUAAACGUAGAGUACUAGCCUUCUUUGCAGGUGGUCCUCACGGUAACGUUCGUAAGAGCCUCUUUGACCAUUGGAAGGACAAGGACAAUUCUAUUCAAGUCUUUGGGUAUCUUCCUAAGGGUCAAAAUUACACCGUCUUAAUGGGACAAAGUAAAUACUGUCUUUGCCCUAGUGGGUGGGAGGUGGCUAGCCCAAGGCUAGUUGAGUCAAUCUACACAGGUUGUGUACCGGUCAUCGUGUCCGAUAACUAUACGUUGCCAUUUAGUGAUGUGUUGGACUGGAGUAAGUUUUCGAUUCAUAUUCCGGUGGCAAAGAUCCCAGAGAUCAAGAAGAUUCUAGAAGGGAUUUCGACGAAGAGGUACUUGAUGUUACAAAAGAGAGUGUUACAAGUAAGGCCACAUUUUGUAAUUAAUAGGCCAGCUAAGCCGUUUGAUGCUAUUCAUAUGAUUCUUCAUUCAAUUUGGCUUAGAAGGCUUAAUGUUAAGCUAGGUCAUGCUGUGAUGUAAAAUUCUAUCCAAUGUGUUGAUCCACCCAUGUUUUGUACAUAGAUAGACGUAAUUCACUUAACACGUAAUUACAUAUGAUCCUG